AUGACGUGUGCUCACAGUGUGUGUAAGGCGUGUCUGCAGCAGUUUUGGGAGAUCAAAGGAUCCAGAGAAUGUCCCUGCUGCAGGAGGAAAUGCUCAAGAUCAGCAUAUCCACCCAACCUUGCGUUAAGGGACCUGUGUGAGACAUUCUUACAGGAAGGGUCUGAGGUGCUCUGUCAUCUGCACAGUGAGAAACUCAAGCUCUUCUGUCUGGAGGAUAAACAGCCUGUUUGUCUGGUGUGCAGAGACUCAAAGACACACUCAGGUCACAAGUUCCAACCAAUAGAUGAAGCAGCACUUGAUGGCAAGGAGGAGCUGAAGACUGCACUGCAGCCACUACAGAAGAAGCUGAAAUCAUUUGAAGAAGUGAAGCUCAUCUGGGAUAAAACGGCUCAACACGACAAAACUCAGGUCCUCAGCACAGAGAAGCAGAUCAAGCAGGAGUUUGAUAAGCUUCACCAGUUUCUACGAUAUCAAGAGGCAGCCAGGAUAGCUGCACUGAGGAAGGAAGAGGGGAGGAAGAGACAGAUAAUGAAGGAGAAGAUUGACAAGAUGAGCAGAGAGAUUUCAUCUCUUUCAGACACAAUCAGAGCCAUAGAGGAGGAGAUGAAAGCUGAUGAUGUCACAUUCCUCACAGCAGCACUGACUACUGAAUGUUAUUCCAGAGCCCAGUGCAAACUGCAGGAUCCAGAGAGGCUUUCAGGAGCUCUGAUCAAUGUGGCAAAGCACCUGGGCAACCUGAAGUUCAGAGUCUGGGAGAAGAUGCAGGAGAUUGUUCAAUACACUCCUGUCACUCUGGAUCCCAACACUGCAAGCCCAGUACUCAUCCUGUCUGAGGAUCUGACCAGUGUGAGAUGGGGUGAUGAGAGACAGUCACUUCCUGAUAAUCCAGAGAGAUUUGAUAAGUUUGGCAUUGUGCUGGGCUCUGAGGGCUUUAACUCAGGGACACACUGCUGGGAUGUGGAGAUUUGGGGGAGUGAUGAUUGGCUCCUGGGUGUGAUGACAGAGUCUCUCCAGAGGAAGGGGAACAUUAGCCAUAUGAGUGGCCAGUGGCUAGUGUGGUGUGUUGAUGGUAAAUAUGUAGCAGGGGCUCCACCUCAUGAGGGUCAUGCCCUCACAGUGCAGCAGAGACCCCAGAGGAUCAGAGUGCAGCUGGACUGGGACAGAGGAGAGCUGACAUUCACUAACCCUGAUAAUAACACACACCUACACACUUUCACACACGCCUUCACUGACAGAGUGUUUCCAUUCUUUGGGCUUUUCCCAAACACCUCCUACAGGAUCCUACCAGUGAAGUGCUGUAUCAGUCUGAAUCCUCACAACAGUGCCAAUAGUGACAGUGAGAGUGUACUGAGGUGUGUUCUAGUGUGA